CCCACUUAAUCCCAUCUCCACCUGCAGCCUGACGGGCCGGGCUCGCGGGGACUCUGCAGCAGGAGGGGCGGCCGGCCAUGGCGCUCGCAUCGGGCUCCGGCGGCGACUUCUCCGUGAUGGUGAUAGGGUCCGACUUCGCGGUGGACGCCGGCGCGGCGCUCCUCACCUCCCCCGCCGACCGCGAGGAGUGGCACGACUGCGUCCCGGACCUCGGCGACGACUUCUCCGACCUCGAGGAGCUCCAGGUCGUCCGCGUGCAGGGCGCGGACAGAUCCGGCCGGGCCGUCGUCCGCGUCGUCGGCAAGUUCUUCCCCGCUCCUGUUAUAGAUGGUGAACGUCUGAAGAGGUAUGUGUUUCACAAGCUCCGCACCGAGUUGCCAGAGGGUCCAUUCUGCAUCUUGUACGUACACACCACUGUACAAUCAGAUGACAACAAUCCUGGAAUGACAAUCUUGAGGGGGAUUUAUGAAGGACUUCCAACUGAAUACAAGGAAAGGCUGCAAAUAGUGUACUUCCUGCAUCCCGGGCUUUAUUCCUGGCUCGCCAUGGCCACACUAGGCAGGCUCUUCUUAAGCGGAGGGUUGUACUGGAAAAUCAAGUAUGUUAGUCGGCUGGAAUAUCUAUGGGGAGACAUCAAAAAGGGUGAAGUUGAGAUUCCAGAUUUUGUUACUGAACAUGACAAGAUACUUGAGCACCGACCAUUGACAGACUAUGGUAUAGAACCUGAUCCUCUGCAUCUUGCGGAUAUACCUGCAGCAGGGUACUCGCUUGGUAGGUAUGAAGACAAAUGGUCUCCUGAAGAUCGAUGGAAUUCUCGCAAUUACAUGUGACAUUUUGUGCUGUUGAAGGCUUGUAAGUUGUCUGUGUGUAUAUAUGUUAUAGCAAAAGGCGAUGCAUACCGGAUUGUUGUGGAAACUUUGUUCAUAAUAAGGUAGUGUCUUGAAUCAUGGGCGUCUAUGCCAUAUUUGUAGAGACAAUACCAAAUGAAGGACAGAUUUAACAUACAAAAAAUGAUGUGAUUUGA